AUGGCCUCUGCCAACGUAAUCAGCAACUUUGCGCGAGGCCCACGGGGCUCGUUGAAGCAUCGAUGCGCUCACUGCGGCACUGGAGACACGCACAAACCUCUUCUCAUAUGCGCUGGCUGCAAAGCCGUGCGCUACUGUACCAAGAACCACCAAAUCGAGCACAGGGCACGGCACAAGUGUGCCUGCAGUGAAAUCAAUAAGUGUCGCAAGAGGCUUGAGGCCGAAGAGGACGGUGUCCGCAACUCAACGGAUCCCAUGUGGCCUGGCAACUUGUUCGAGCGGAGUUCCGGGCACUUCUGGGGCGUGCUCCCCACUCGACCAUACAUGAGAGCUCGAUUCGCCUUGUUGAACUCGCUGCGAAAAAUGGGAACCUUUGACGGCGUUAAAGAGGGUCAUUCUCAUCUGAUGGACAUGAUGCGCCUCUGUCGGAGUGACAACAUGGGCCUCCGACAAAUAAUGCCAGCCGUGUUGCUUCAGCUGGAUCAAGAUCAGGAGUGCUACGACUUCAUCAAAUGGUAUGCUACGGCGGGCCAGGAUUCGCACUACGACUGGGGCAACAUGGACCUGCCAUUCCUGGACGUGAAGAACGCCAAUGUCUACGAAGACCCAAGCUACGUCACGGGCGAAUACGGAGACCCUCAUCACAUCACCGCGCUGGUACUGCUUAAGUUGAAGCUCAUCCAAGACACCAUCAAUGUCAGGCUCGUGCGAAAGGUCAUUGCGGCUGCGUCUAAACAUCUACCCCGAGAGCUUCAGAUUCGCAUCGAAACUGCUGUGGUCCGCAGCCCAUUGUCGACCCACCUUUACAAGCAGAGCUCCGUUAACCUGUUAGCCAUGGAACUCAAAAUUGCCCGCCACGUCAAAAUUCUUGGGGCAAAGCUUACAGAAGCCAACCCCUCCGUAAUCUCUGGAGUUCUCCGACCGGACGAGUGGCUUGAUGACCUCCCCGAGUAUACUUCAGCCGGCUCCACGGAAGAGAUGCAGCUUGUCCUUGACUACGGCUAUCAGGCGUGGUGGCAGACACAGGGAGCUCUUGAGUUGCUCGAAAAUGCUCGGAAGAUCGCAGAAAAGGAUUCGGCGUAUGAGAUCGAAGACACACUGAAACAUAUACGCCUGCAAGGUGAUACAAGGACAGGCGCAGAGCUUCUUGACGACAUGAGUCUCAAUCGCAUCUGGGGCUACUUCGAUUGGGCAGUUGAGGACGCGGUCAGUCUGGCGUCUGAACGGCCGUCGGACAUACAUCGCAGGACCAACAAGGAGAUGUGGGACGCAGCUGUGAAGGAGGAGGAGGAUAUGUUCGGCGACAGCGAAGACGAUAGUGGGGAGGACGAGGAGGAUGCGUUGCACACGAGGGCGAUCUUCGCAUAA